AGAUGUCGAUCAAUCUAAAAUACUUUAGUGACCCCAAAACCCUACUCGAAUCAUCUAGAUUACCUGACAGUGUCUAAUUUUCCUUUGUUUUGUUGACCUUAACAAAGGGAUGUCACAACUGAAAAAUCAUUCAAUGCAUUUGAUUCUCCAGGAGCCCAGAAAGGUUUAGGUGGACUUCAAGAAUUAAUACGAUCCAAUGAUCAUAUACUAAGCAGUGGCCUCGAAGACUUUGUGGUUCUCCGUAAAUUCAACAUGGAAACACUCUGACUCUUAAAUUUGGCACACUAGCUCUCAGAUAGCGUAAAAUCGUAUAGAUUUGCAAUCGCGAAAAAAAAAAGGUUUCAGUUGGCGUCAAUAAAGACGAUUCCAUUGACAAGUGCCCAUGCCAUUAAAUUAAAACUUUAUGUUUGUCGAUAAUGGCACUGAAACACUUUGAUUGACGUCCAAAAAACUUAAUUUGAGAAAUAUUGCAAACGUAAUGCAUGGAGUCAGCUAACUGGAGUAAUUGGAGCAAGAACAAGUAAGCCAAAAUAUUCACGAAAUAUGCUCCAGAUAACGACAUAUUUUAUCUGCUCUCUUAUCCUGCUUGGAUCUGAAUCAUACGCAAUAUAUGAUCUCACAUUCGCUUACUUACAGCCGACACUCGAAAUUCGCAAAAGUGGUUUAUGUUCCAAAGUUGAGCCUAGAAUCUGGUGGAACAAUUGCCAUAUCCUUUUGGCAAUAUAUAUUUCUAUGAUCAUCGUGGCAKCAUUCAUUAUACUCCUGUCACUCUGGUGUGUUAUGUGUUGCUGUGGUUCCUUCUGUUGCCUUAACCAAGUGGGAGAAGAGCCAGAUUCAGAUUCUGGAUCGCACGAGGAGCAACAGGUUAUUCACCAGCCGACCGCUGCUCAGGGUGUUAUGACGCAGCAAGGUGCAGCUGUAAUGGUACCCAUGAUGUACAGUAGCCUGCCAGGCGUGCCAAUGCAAGGCGACAUGCAAGCCAUGCAGGGUAACGCCAUACCCAUGAUGCAGAUGGCACCCGGAAGUUAUUUGCCUAUUACUGGAGUUCCUGUGUUUGUGAAUACUGCGGGACAGCAGUAGGGAGACUAGGGAUUAGCCAAAAGCAUGUGAAUCUCUGAUACGAUAGUGUUUUCCAUGCAAUCACAUUGCGCACGUCUAUAAAAAGAGCCUAAGUUUAUAACAGUAUUAACCAAUCACAUGAACAUUUGCCCCUAGUGCUUUUAGCCAAUAACAGUCCAUGUUAGAUCUGAAUAGCCGAUAACGAGUUUUGGUGUAAUUUUCUUUGUCCUAGAUUUGUUUAUAUAAGUGCUCUAUAGCUUUUGUUUCACUCGUUUCAGUCUAAGUAUUUUCGUCAUUGUUAGCCUAG